AAUUUAUACAUUUUUUCUUCUUUUCACGUGGCAGAACUAAGUAACAGUAGUAUAAAAAUGGUUUAUUUACUAGACAAAUAUAUAUUCUCCAGAGGUUUCAGAAAUCCCAGGUUUCUGGCUGAUAGCGUCGAGCAGACGAAUUCCAGCACGCAUAUGUCUGUGCACACCCCAGCCACCACUAUCUGUGUAGCAUUUCAUUCGUGAAUAGCAACAGCA